AGGAAUUCUCUGGUGCAGUUCAGUUGACCUCGUUUUUUUGUGAACAGUGGAUAAACUCAAAAAUGGGGUUUUCGGAUCAGCAAAAGGCUUUUAUAACUGAGUCUUACUUCAGGAAUGGAAGGAAAAUUGGUGGAAAGUGGAAAUACUCCGUAAAAGACUGCAUAGAUGAAUUCAAAAGCAAAUAUCCAGAUGUUGCUGUAGAUUAUAAGAGUUUUCAAUCUACCCUCAUGCGUUGUGUUAAGAAUUUCAGAGAAACGGGUAGCGUUCAGAGAAAAGAGGGAAGUGGUCGUCCAAGUAAAAGAAAUCCAAAUUUGAUUGAUGGUACUUGCCACAAAAUUCUGAAGGAAGAUCUUAAGCAGGAUGAGAAACAUGAAAGUUAAACUAGAAUGAUUUUUUAUUCUACUAUGGUGAAGUUCUGAAAUGUGCUGAAGUUCAAAGAUGACCAAGAAGGUGGAGUUACCCAAAUUGACCAUAUGAAUGCCAAAAAUUCUGAUAUGGAAAACUUACCAACGUAGCUGGUCAACAGCCAUUAUUCCUUGUUCAGGAGAUUAACAAGCUGCUUAAAUUCAGAAAAACUCAACUGAAGUACUAACAGUUUUACAUUUAUUGAUCACCGUAAAAUAUCUUUUGUGAUCAAAUUUCCAAUGAAUAAAAAGCCAUUUUAUUUAUA